CGAGCGACACGGCGCGGCGUGACAGUCCAGAGAAGUCGGUUGGUAGCGACGGUUGUUUACACCAUGGCGACCGGCGGUGAGAACGCGACCGAGGAACGGACCGAAUCGACGACUCCUGCUCAACCCAUCUCCAAUGUUGUGUCCGAGGCAACGCAUAAAGUAGUAGGAAUGGACAAGGAUCCUGAUAUCUCUGGUAUUCCACCAGCACCAAAGAAAGCUCGUGUCGAAGUACAAUCGCUCCCAACCAGACAGUAUUUGGAUCAGACUGUAGUGCCGAUACUACUGCAAGCAUUGUCUUGUCUAGCCAAGGAGAGGCCUGCUGAUCCCAUAAGUUUCCUCGCUGGUUAUUUACUGAGAAAUAAAAGUCAAUACGAUAGCGGUGGUUCACCACCGACUAGUCAGUGAAUGCUUCCUUGUCUGCAUACGUGUUUUGUGGAGAUACAUGGACGAUUACUCCGUAAGAACUCUUCCUUUAUCUUCGAGACUAUAUAUAAAAAAUUCGAUACGUGUAAUUUCAUAUAGGUGUACUUUCAAGUUGAAUGAAAUGUGUAUUAGUUUUUUGCUAAUGUCCUUUUAGCAGGAUGAUGUACUGUUCUACGGAAUAAUAUACAUUUUAAAGAUACUGAAAUUAUUUUAAAUAAAUAUUAUUGCUUUUUAAUAUAAAGGAAUAAUUGCGAUAUUCACACAAGUCGUCCUAAUGCGAUAACAAUUGCGAAAUUAAUGUCACAUUGAUAUUGGCUUGUAAUACUCGUUGCAAAGAGGCACACUGAUUUCAUUAUAUAAGGGAUUAUGUGUACAAAGUAAAAAAGUUUUCAAAAGGAAGCAUAGGAAAGGGGAGGGAGAAGCAUACCAUUUCAAGUUUUUGUAAAUACAUGACGCGAUAGUGCAUGACUGAGAGGAGAUACAAAAAAGAGCCUCCGCUAUCGGCUCAAUAAAUUGUAAUGAACCCUCCGUGUUAGCGUCGAUUUUAAUUGGAACGGCGAUUUAAUUGGAGGCAAUUAAAUGUAAUCGCGCAAUGAAUCGGCGUUAAAUUUAUCUCGCGCUCCAAUAAAAUCGAUAAUUUGCGUCGGACGUGCAACGCUCGCGAGCGUGUCGUUGUAAGAAGAGAAAGAGAAAACGAGAGAGCCUCGAGGGCGCUCAAUUUUAUUAUUCUGCGCGUCUUAUUCCUGUCCCCACGGUGUGGCUUUCGCGUCGAUGGAAACGUCGUCAGUCUCGCCGAGUCUCGCCAGGGUAAUUGGACUCUCUCGGUGGGGCUCGUUGGUGGGGCCAGGAGGAAAAGAAAAUCCGUGUAGCACCGUCCGAUUGUACCGCGCGGCCUCUAAACGACGAAGACGCGAGAAGAUAUCGGGGUAAUUUCGUGGCCGACAAUUCGCACGACGACAUCAUCGGCCCUGGUCCAAUUAACGGCGGGAUAUCCUCUCUUGCCCAAGUCCCCCUCGUAUAUCCUCUCGUGGAAUACCCCAACCUCACCUCACCCGCGCACAUAUACCGAUCGCGGAGUUUCAGUUUUUUGUUUCGUGUCCCGUUAGUUGCUGGUGGAGGCGGCACGUUUCCGUCACCGUGAUAAGAUAAAGGCGGGUGUGAGCGGGUAUUUUCGUCAAAUUUAAAUCCCUCGUGUGAAAUACUUUGUCAGCAAUUUGCACUUGCAAUUUUUCUCGCUCUUUCUGAACUUUGCAAUUUUUAUCGGACAGUCGCCGCCCCGGAAAAUUUCUGUGUUACGGAAAUCCAGAAACAAACAAGUAAAAAGCAACGCUCCGGAGUACAACUUUUCUUUUAUUUAUAAACCGUGUUAUUAUACUCUGUCACGUAUCUAACAGUAUUGUCCAAUAAUCACGGAAAAUUGAUCCCCCAUUGUUUUUACCUCGUACAUAGAUAUGCAGUGUGAGAAUGUAAAGUUGUAUAUUCAUAUAUUUUAUAUUAUGCAAGGCGUAAAUAUAUUGUUGAAUGACA